AUGGCCACCAGCACUUGUCGUGCGUUCUGCAGACCUCGUGCCGACGCCUUCAUGCAUGCGCUCAUUUCCACUUUUGAUAUCCAAGGCAGAGUCCUGAACCGCCAUGGCUCGUACCGUGCAGGUGGACAAGAUGCCAGGUGGCGGCAAGAGCUCAACCCACAACAGGUGAAGGUCAGUGCCAGGACUGCAACGAAGCAACAGGUUCAGGUCAGGCCCAGGACACCGCCCAAGGUGCAGCGGAUGCAGGUCAGCUCUACGAUGCCGCCGGAGGAGCAGUCUCAAGUUGAGACUUGGCCUGGGGCAUACUUCUCGGAUCGCAAGGAUACGGCGAACGGUACCAAGCACCAAGACGUCUGGAGGAAGCCUGAUGCGUUACAAGGGGACGGGGAGCUGGGACCCCACAUGGGAGCCGAAGUAGACGCUUAA